AUGAUGGCAAUGGGAAAGGCACGUUACCGGACGAGGCUUUGCCUGUCCCCGAUCAAGAAGGAGCGCCUGGACCUCCCAUUUUUGUAUGCGCUGUUCCGCACAUACUUUGUGCGCCACCGCUGUCACACUUGCGCCCAACUCUACGAAGUGCUCCUACCUCUGCUGGAAGCUGAAGAUGGCCAGGGCGCAUGGCCAACUACUCCGCAGCGAGCGGGCACAUGCUAUGCAAAGUGCAUCUUCCUGACCCUGCGUGUUUUGCUUCGACACCUCGGGCUCGAACGUGAUGCGGUGAAGAAGUGGAUGCUUAACUUCCGCAUCUUCUACCUGGAGAAGAUGGUGGCGGACUUGCAGCAGUCCUGCCACAAGCUUACCAUCAGCGACCGCAUCAUCUUGACGGUGGCCUUGAAGCAGGUGGCUCGGCGCUGCGUGCGCGAGGCCUACGCGGCCACGGCGCGAGGCCGUGUCCACGUCUGCCUACAGAAGAUCUGGUUGGCCGCACCUCCCAUGCCAUGGCUCGGCUUCUUUGCCGCCAAGCUGGAGACAAAGGACCCACCGAUGGAGUUCCCAAAGGCCUCUGGCUGCUUUCAAGGCUUUGAGCUCCUGGCAGCCAGUGCCACGAUCCCUCCAGAAGUGCAGAACGCCUUUGCGGGCCCGUCAGCCACGAAGUCCACGAACCCGCACGUGGACCUCACUGGUAUUGCCUCUGCAAGUGCCUCCGGACCAAGUCUGGAUGCCGUGCUGCAAGCUGCCUUGAUGUGUGAUCGGCUGGAAGAGGUCUUGGGCUGCUCACACCGAUCAAAGCAGCUCAUCGUGGGAAUCAUCGAUUCCCUGGUCUUCUGGGAAGGACGUGGCCUCUGGAAACAGGACCUCGGCACCCUCGACCUCGCGCAGGGCCGAGAGGUGCUCGCAGCCAUCCACCACCUGGGUGCCCACUACUUGGCGGGGGUCCGGUCUACCUUCCUGGGCCGCUGCGGCAGCUCCACCGGAGUGCUGGUGCUGGCAAGCUUGCUGGAGCUCUUCGAACAUGUUCUGCUGGCCACAAGGGAGGCCAAGCUAACCCAGGCCUUGGCCAAGAGCUCCGCCGAGGCCUCGGGGGUUCUGUGGGCCCUGCGCCCCUGGCAGAAGGAUGGCCGCCCUCCCGGCUUCGCGGAUCUCACGGCCUGGAUGCCCAUCACCUCCCCAGGCAUCCUAGAAGUGCGGCGUCGGAUCUGCCGGCAUCAGAAACCAAGCCAACCGGGCAGCUCCCACGCCUCCAUCUACAUGGAGGAUCCAUCGGUCCUUCUCUUCGGACCUCCAGAGCAUCAGGGCAGCGAGCUGUCUUCUGCAGAAGCCGUGGGGUGUGGCAAGGCCUUCACCGAGCUGGUGUCCCACCUUGUGUCCCUGCACAGUCUCAAGAAAGUGCCCAGCGAUUUGCCUGAAAUCGAGCGGCCUUAUCAGGACUGGGAGGUCCAAGUGGCCUGGGCCUUCGAUCGGGAGCUGGAUGCUGCCUGCCCAGAGUGGGCUCAGGCUCGGGACUUGAGCAUCUUCUUCCAGAUGCUUCUGGGCAGCGUGCCGGCCCUCUCCCAGUCUCCUGGCUAUGAGAAGUCCCUUGAGGGGCAGGGCACGGCCCCCGCCACGGAUCAGGUGCUCUCCGUGAGCAGCGUUGAGGAGUGCAGCUUCGCGCUGAGCCUCUUCAACCCACCCAGCAAGCUCACGGUGAAGGUCCUCCACAGCUGCACCAUUCCCUCGCGGCAUGCCAACUUCCUCCACCCACAGCCCUCGCUCACGCAUCCGAAGGUGCUUUGCCCCUCUUUGCCGUACCUUCGCUUCGGGGGAACCCUUGAGAACGAGAUCGCUUCGGCCGCCGUGCUCCCGGACUUUGACUUCUCACUGACACAGGCGCAAUCAGAGGCCCUCCUGAUGAUCCUCAACUGCCCGGGGCUCCGCAUCCCCAUGCUCCUCCAGUUCGUGGUGCCGAACCACGUCGCCCUCCUGCACCACCGCCAGUUCCAGCGGAUCUUCUUCGCCUGCCUCUUCGAGCCCGGGCCCUUUCCCAAGGAUGCCAUGGGGGACUCCAGGGAGUCCAAGGCUGCCAAAGAUGUCCAUCUCGACGCCCCUUGGGCCCCGAAGCCUCCCAAAGUGGAGGCGCUGGCGCAGGCCCGGGUCCCUUGCGAGUCGCUUGCCGUCGAGUAUGGUUGGCUGAGCACGGAGAUGGCCGCAAAGCCGCAGAGGUCUUAA